AGGGGGGGCUGUGCUAUCUGCAAGCCCUGGUUUGUGAUAUGCACACACAACUAAGUUUGCUAAUAAAACAGCACCGCUGCGCUUUAGUUUUGGAUUCGUUUUGAGCGCACACGGCUUUCCGCUCUGCGCUUUGUAUAUUUUCUCUCUUUUUGUUGUAUUUACUCUAGUUCCUUUCUCUCUCUGAAAGCUACGGGAUAUGUCGAGAGGCGGAGGCGUUUCUUCUUCCACCCAAAGCCUCCCCAAGUUGGGACCCCACUGACGCGCUAUGACAUGAAGCAGGAACUUCCUUUUGGGCACUAAGUUCUCCAUAGGAGGUCGACCUUAUUGCAUAUUUCCACUGAACUGAUCUCUUACAAGUCACCUCGCCUGAGGCAACACAGUGGGCUGGCCUGCUGUCAGACUGUCUUUUGCUACCUGUGAAACACCACCGCCAUCAUGCAGACCUCAUCGCUCCGCCGACAGAUGAAAAACAUGGUCAACAACUACACAGAAGCCGAGAUCAAGGUCCGAGAGGCCACCUCCAACGAUCCCUGGGGUCCUCCCAGCUCGCUCAUGUCUGAAAUAGCAGACCUGACCUUCAAUGUUGUGGCUUUUACCGAGGUUAUGGGCAUGAUCUGGAAGCGACUCAAUGACCACGGUAAAAACUGGCGCCAUGUUUAUAAGGCGCUGACCCUGCUGGACUACCUGAUCAAAACAGGCUCUGAGCGCGUGGCCCAGGAGUGCAGGGAAAACAUUCACACCAUCCAGACACUGAGAGACUUCCAGUACAUAGAUCGAGAUGGACGUGACCAGGGUACCAACGUGCGGGAAAAGGCCAAGCAUCUGGUGGCUCUGCUGAGGGACGAGGAAAAGCUGAAGAAGGAGAGGACCCAGGCACUGAAGACCAAGACCCGCAUGACGAGUAGUGGAUUAGGCUCUGGGUCCAUGCCUCCUCCGUACCCGGGGCGUCGCACAAGCCAGCCUGGUUCGGCGGGUGUCUACGGGGAUGAUGGCCGGUGCAGAGGCUCACCGUCCUCCUUUCACUCCUCCUCUUCCUCUCCUCGACUGGCUCCAGACCUGGAGCAAGCUCGGCCCGCGACCAGUGGAGAAGAGGAGCUGCAGCUGCAGCUGGCCCUGGCUAUGAGCCGAGAAGAAAGUGAAAAGUCACCUCCUACAGUGGAUAUUGAUGAACAGACCCAGCUCCAGAUCGCUAUGAAUCUCAGCAAGGAGGAGAGCAAGAAGCCAGUCCAACCAGCACCUGCCGCACUGGAUAUGGACGAGGACACCCAGCUCCAGUUAGCCCUGAGCCUGAGCAAAGAGGAGCACCAGCAGGAGCAACUCACUCGCCAAGGAGAUGAGUCGAUGCUGAAGAAAGCUCUGGAGGAAAGCAAACGUGAGAUGGAGUCUAAAGGCGGGACCGCCUUCAUGGACUUGGUAGAUGUAUUUGCAGUGCCAGCAGAUCCGCCUCCUAGUGGCCUUCGAUGGAAUAAUGCCCCACACCAGGCAGCUGCUCCUCUGGGGGGCACAGACCCCUGGGACUCCUUGGAAGGCAGCACCAACACCUCAAGAGUAGAUCCUCCCUGGAUGGCACCGCCACCUUCCAACAGCCCCCCGCCACCAUGGGAGCCUCCGGCCGACCCCUGGGAUGGCCCGCAGAGCACGCUCACGUCCACAGGCCGAGAAUGGGCCUUCCCCGCUGACUCAGGCUCCUCAGGGGUUGAUCCAUUCUCAGCACUCAAGGGAGCUGUCAGGGAGCCCUCUCCCCGCACUGGAAGCCCCUCAGAUGGGGAUCUGUUUGAUGAGGCCAUGGAUGGAGGUCAGGUGAAAGUAAAUGGGCGAGGAGAGGGCAGUCCUGAGCUUUUUGACAUGUCACGUCUCGGAGAAAGCCUGGCUGCCCCCAGCCCUCGCAAAUGCCGGACACCUGAGUCCUUCCUGGGCCCCACUGCGGCUUCCUUGGUAAACCUGGACAGCUUGAUCCCAGCGAAUCCUCCACCCAAGACCCUGAACCCUUUCCUAUCAGGUCUAAGCGCUCCGUCACCCAACAAUCCAUUCCAAUCUGAGCAGCCCAAACUAAGUCUGAAUCAAAUGGGCUCCAGCUCCACCUCUUCAGGUCCCCAGGGCGCUUCUCUUCCAUACAGCGCCUCCUUACCCCUGCCUAUGAGCCACCAGCCUGCCAGCCUCCCCUCGUCACUCACUCAUCCCACCCAGCCGGGUCUGGGCCUGCCGGGGGCUCUCCCUGAGCCCUUAUUGCCCUUCUCCUCAGCCACCACUGACGGAUCACAGGCUGCACAAAGCAGUCAGAACCCUUUCUUGUGAGGACCAACUUAACUGGAAAAAAAUAUCUUAGAAAAAAAGGGGAAUGCCAUUAGGUCAUGCUCUUGAAUUAUAAUUCUAACGCAGACUGAACUUCAGCCCCAUGGACUUGUAUGAAAACCCUAUUCUUAGUUGUUUUUAUAUUGUAUUAUAAAACAGUAACCCUUAGACUGAUGCAAGCUGGUUCUGCUCCUCACUGCGACACUCUGUCCUCUCGUCAUGAAUGCAGUAACAGGAUAUAAAAUAGCUAACACCUUUGUAUCAGAAACCAUUAAUGUCAUGUAAACCUACUUUGAGGCCAUAACCUAUUGCAAACUGCAUUCAGAAAAACACACAAAAGCACAGUUUGAUAAUAUUUUGUUGUCACUUCACUCAGCCACAGUUACCAAGCAAAUGUAUUACUGCUUUUUUUAAAGUAGUCAACAAGUCUCCUGCUCACUCAGCUGUUUGUGUGAUUGGCUUAGCUGGCUACUGCUGCUGUCAUAUAUAAAUAUAAAAAAAGAUAGAUUUCCGAUAAGAGACAUGAUUUCGAGAUCUGUCUUGAAAUGAUGCUGCAUCAACACAGUUAACACAACACAAGCAGACUUUGUGGAGCCUCUGUUGGACCAGAACUGGUGAGAAACAUCAGUGUGUACAUGAUUUUACUAUUAGUUGAAUGAAUGACUGCGAUUAACUUAAUGAAAUCAUAGUUUGGGAGGACUGGAAGAGUUUCAGAAUUCACUAUACCCAAGGCAACAUUAGAAAAUGUAUGAUUCAUGAGUUUUAUUCAUUGCUUGUGAACCACUGACUCUCAUCAAAUAUAAGGGUAAAAUUUGAA